AUGCGCGCCUCAGUUAUUUUUCCGCAUAUUUUCGUUAUCUCGCACGUUUUCGAGCUACGCCCACCCGCUCCCGCACAGUCCUCCCCUUCCUCCCACACCCCAUCCCCUUCCCUCCAGGACCUCAUCCAGUCCGCCAUCUCCUUUUCUACUCCACCAUACUGCACCACACUCUUCCUUUUUGCCCACCACCAUUACCGCCCCUCUCCCCCACUUCUGCACCACGGCCCCCAGCAGGCUUUCCUCCCUCCAACCCCCUGUCUCCCUGCCCUUGGUACCUCUGUGCACCGUCCUUUUGUCACCCUUGACCCACUCCGUACACCUCCUCCCUCCCCUCCCAGCUUCUCCCUAUCACCUCCCACAUGUUCCCCCACUUCCCUGCCCACAACUCCACCCUCCUCCAGGAGCACCACUUCCCCGCCCCCACCCGCAAGGGCUCCCUCUAGCAUUCAGAGGGGCAGCCAGGGCCCUAGCCUUCUUGGAAGAGCCGUGCUCCCCGACCCCUACGCAGUCCCAAAACCAGCCCCCUACCCCACGCUUGCAGGCGGACCCUCGAGAGAGCACGCGGGUGCGACAAGGGCAGAGCCUCCCAAGGGCACGCUCAUUCUCGCCUCCCAUCCUUCCCCGCCCCCUCCCUCGCCCCCAAGGGCAGUACACUCAUGCCCCCACCCCCAAGGGUUCCUCCGAGCACCAAGAGGAGCAGCCAGGGCCCUGGCAUUCCUGGCGGAGCCAUGCUCUCCGACACCAAAAUCCACUCAAUCCUCUCCUGCCAACCUCCUACCUCCUCCCCCACCAGGUCCCCCCCCCUCCCGCGUGGAGCUACACACAUCUCAAAACUUGAGGCCUCUCUCCGGCAACAUCUCUCUCCCAACCCCUACAUACACCCGAACCACCGAAGCCGCCGCACAUCCCCAAUACUCUCACCCAACAGGCGGCCCUCCUCACACCAACCCCCCCCAAGCAGCCAAGUCCCUCCCGCAAGGCUCUGUGGAGUCUCAUGGGGGCGACGACACCUCGGUGGAGGGGUCUACAGGAGGGGCCACCAGCGGGAGGCCCCAACUUCCAGCAUUGGGGCACAACCUCAAAAUCUUAUCUCCCACUCGUUCCCCCACCCCCUGCCACCACUAA